AUGUCUUAUAUACUAUCCAUCCUGUGGACCGUGCUGGCACUAGUAUCCACGGUCCGAUCAACAGGCGUCAUCGUGCCACUGUACGCUUGGCCGGGAACAGAUGCCUGGGCUGCAGUCUACGAAUCAGUCGCCGCGAAUCCGUCUGUUCCAUUCUACCUAAUAGUCAACCCAGACACUGGCCCAGGUACCACUGAGUACCCAGAAGAAGUCUACAUCACUGGUAUCGCCAAACUGAACAGCUAUUCCAACGUUCAUGUCCUGGGCUAUACGCAUACAAACCAUGGCACACGUGCUAAAUCAGAAGUCGAAAAGGAUAUCGCCGCAUACGCGAAAUGGUCCAGCUUUGCGGGAAGAGAUAUCAGCCUCGCGGGAAUCUUCUUUGACCUGACACCCAAUGGGCAAGAUCAAAGUAAACUUGGCUAUUUCCAGGAGCUAUCUUCGACGAGCAAGCGGAGUGGUCUAGACAUGGUCAUUUUCAAUCCUGGCGCGAAGAUCCUCGCCGACGUUUCAGACUGGUUUGCUGCGGCGGACUUGAUCGUCGAAUACGAGAAUACUUAUGCUAAUUGGAUGGCAUUGGCACCGACUGAGCAUCUUUCGGCACACGGAAACGACGCCAAGAAAGCUAUUAUCUUGAAUCAAACGCCAGUCGAUGCCAGUAUUGAUACAGUUGUCAGGUUGGCGAGGAAUAUGCGACUGGGUGCUAUCUAUCUGGCCUAUGAUGACAACUACAUGGGCCUCAGCUCAGUACCCAAAAUUGUGGUUGCUAUUUCGGAGAAGCGAAAAGCGAGACGCAAUAGCCAUAGUGCCCAUUGA